AAGCAGCACGGGAAUUGUCGGAGGAGCAUGUCGGUGAAAAAAUGGGGCACGGAGCUUGCGCGCACGGAAUUAGCGCGUCGUCAGCGUGCCGAACUGCGCUUUCGGUACGGCAAUAAGCUGUCGGAUCUGAAUCUGCGCAAGCUUCGCAGCAAGCAAAGCAAUGGGCCGGCAUCGGCACUGCCAGGACAGAAACGUCUGACAGCAUCGACGCCGGCGCAGGCGCCGAAUAAAACAGACGCUUCUGCUGCCACCGACGACCGCUUGCCGCAGGUGCGCUGCAUUGCGUCCAGCUAUGCGGGUGUGCGGGACGUUGGUGUUUUGACUACGCCGACACUGUUCGAGGACACCGAGCAGGAUGUGAAAGAGGAGAGGGCUGAGGUUUUAAUAAAAAGCGAAACAAUGCCUCAAGCCCCAUCCCCAGCCCCACUAUCCCCAUCAUUAAUAUUAAAGCAACAAUCAGUGCAGUCGUCGCCAGAUGAGGAGAAGAGUAAACCCGCUUCGCGAAGCUUGUAUGUUCCUGUCGUGGAGAAUCGCGCCACUGAGCGUUGGCAGCAGUUGGCCGCCACUGUGCCGGCGCUGUUCCGCGCUAGACGGCGACGGUUCAAAUGCAUGGAUGAGCGUCAACGUGAGAGGCGUGAGCUGUUCGAUGCAUUCACGUCCAGUUUUUGUCGUGGCCGCGCCUAACCAGCUUAUGUUCGACUUCUUUUUCUUCUUGACUUGAAGACAUACAUAUAUAUAUAUAAGAAGUUCUGGUCCGUAAUUAGGUUUAAAACUACAAACGCAAUCGAGUCCAAUCCGAUUGAAUUGAUCGAAUAUAAAAUAUUCUUUUGACCCCAUUAAAUUCGUGCAAAUAAUAAAAAAAAUAAUUGGUGC